AUGGCCAAGCGAACCAAGAAGGUCGGAGUUACCGGCAAGUACGGUACAAGAUACGGUGCUUCCCUCCGAAAGUCCGUCAAGAAGAUGGAAAUCACCCAGCACGCCAAGUACGUGUGCACCUUCUGCGGAAAGACAAGCGUCAAGCGUCACUCUGUCGGUAUCUGGGACUGCAAGUCUUGCAAGCGCACCGUUGCCGGAGGUGCUUACACUGUCGCCACACCCGCUGCCGCCGCCAUGCGAUCAACGCUCCGACGUCUGCGCGAGAUCGCUGAGGUCAAAGGUUAUACGAGCAUCGACCACGGUUGUGAGGAUGGCCUCGACGGAAUUUGGAACGAGGCGAGGGAUCAAAUAAUGAAAAUUGAUUCCAUCAUGAACAACAACACUCGGUCUACCGAACUCGGGAACUCGGACGUGUGA